GCAUCUCUAGUGGAUGGUGUAAAUUUGGACGUGUAUAUCUCCAUAUACACGUCCAUAUACACCUUGCUAAAAUAUACACCUCUCAGUUUUUCAGUGGAACGUGUAAAUUUGGACGUAUAUAUUCCAACGGCUAUAUUUUCAAACGGCUAUAUUUCCAACGGCUAUAUUUUCAAACGGCUAUAUUUUCAACGGUCGUAUUUCUAGUCUAUAUAAACCACCCCUACCAUCUCUCUUCUAGCACUUCUAUCUGUGACUUCUCUUCUCACCUAGAUUUCUCUAUCGUCUCUCACGCAACACAAUGAACGCAUCCACUUUGGACAUGAGUUCUUCGUCAUCUUCAUCUGGCGACGAUGAACUCAUACUUGCAGCAUUCGCCGAGCGCGAGGAGGAAGAGAGGAUGAACGCUCGACGCCAUGGCGGUUCCAAGUAUGGACGUCAAACAAUCAAUCGAGGAAGAGAUGCCGGAUUUGUUCUUCUGUGGGACGACUACUUCAAAGAAGUUCCUCGCUAUCCCGAACAUUUGUUUCGACGAAGAUUUAGGAUGUCCCGUAAUUUGUUCAAACGCAUAGCCGAUGGUAUACUUGAGCAUGAUUAUGAUGGUUAUUUUACUCAAAAAAGAAGUGCUUCUAGAGCUCUUGGGUUACAUCCUCUGCAAAAGAUGACCGCGGCAAUGCGGAUGCUAACAUAUGGAAUAGCAGCUGAUGGUGCUGAUGAGUACAUUCGGUCCGCUGAGGCUACUAAUUUAGAGUCUUGCAAGAAAUUUGUGAUCAAAGUUUGUGAAGUUUUUGGGGAAAGGUACCUGAGAUCUCCAAAUGAAGAAGACAUUGCUAGGUUACUUGCAAUAGGGGAGGAAAGAGGAUUUCCUGGUAUGUUAGGGAGCAUAGAUUGCAUGCACUGGGGUUGGAAAAAUUGUGCCCCAAAAAACGGCAUGGCAUGUUUAAAGACAAUGAAAAAGGAUGUGUUACUACAGUAGUUACAGUUCUAAGGAAAGGGAGUUAAGUUAACGUCGUCAGGUACUGUAACAUAACAUAGGCGCAAAUUACAAAGGCUGACAGAGCGACAGAUCAUAGGAACAACAAAACACAGAGAAUACCAAAUUUACACUGACCUAAAAAGAAGAAAUACAAGUCCUCAGUAAGUGUAAUAGAAGUGUACUAGAGUUGUAAGCAAACUUUAAACCCGACCACUGGACACAGUGAAUCAUGGUCAUUUUAACUGUGAAAAGAGUUCCACAUGAUAGUAAAUGAUGGACAGAUCUCAAAUACUAGUACAAAAAUAAACUUGAAAGAUGGUCAACAACAGCCGCAGAAAUGCUAUUGAAAUUACAAUGAACCGUGAAGCAAAAGUGCAGGAAAAAGAGGAAAUUCAGAACAUGAGAGACAAAACUCAAUUUUAGUGACAGGACAAUUACACAAUAGAACAGUGGAAAUAGAGGGGAAGGCACACAACAUACAUGGACAGAAGAUUGUAAGAAAGAACAGCAUUACAGGGCAGAAAGUUACGCCUGACUAACUAUACGCCGAAAAUACAACCGCUGGAAACUGCCAGAAAAUCGUAACUAAUGAACUAUUGGCUGCGCAUCUGAACUUUGCUGAUAAACCAACCGAGCGCACGGCGAAGACAAGCACAUGCAACUCUACACUAAAUCUAGACGAACAACUAAGAUUACCCCCCAAAAAAACGAACCGCAAAUGCCUGGCACUAGAAAAUUAGUACAUGAACGCCCCUGCUGCUCGAGAAGGUCGUCAGUCCAGUGGCUAAACUAGGGCGCG